CGCGGCGCCGCCCACUCCAAAGUCCCUCGGGCCUUGGCCGCCCCUGACCCGGGGCCUGCCGGCGUCCGGAGCGGAGGGGUUACUUCGGCCCUCGCUGGGGUGCCUUGGGCUUGCGAGGGCGGAGCCGCCUCUCCGCAGUUGUCUGGCCGGAGCACUGGGAGCCGGACAGUGGUCUUUGAUUUGCCGGACCUGAGUCCACAAGUGUGGCCUUUCGGGACCCGCCAGGGCGGGGGAGGGCGGGGCCGGCCCUUUGUAAAACCUCUGACCAGCUCCUGUAACAAUAGUUCCGUCUGUAUCGCUCUUUGCGCUUUCCAAGCGCUUCUUUUGUUCCUUACCAAAACCACGUGAGGUUCGCGGGCUCUGUUUGACACGCGGGGAAACUGAGGCAGGGGGAAACCGCCACGUGUCUGAGGCCUGUGUGAGGGGUCCCGCGAGAGAGGACGGACGGUGGCCGCUGGGUGGUCUGCUGCCGUCCGGGUGAGGCCGGGCUGCUCUUGGUCUCCUUGUCCAGGACAGAGGGCCCGGCACGACCCGGCUGGCCAGCUGAGAAACAUCUCUGGCAGAAUUAAACCCCAGUUGGAAUAGAUGCCCCCAGUCAUUUGAAAUCUUGGCCAGAAACGUAUAAGGACACGGUUGACAGCGUAUCACUCCAAAAAAUGUGGUAUGGUGUGUUCCUGUGGGCAUUGGUAUCUUCUCUCUCCUUCCACGUCCCUGCUGGAUUAUUGGCACUAUUCACCCUCAGGCAUCACAAAUAUGGUAGGUUCAUGUCUGUAAGCAUCCUGUUGAUGGGCAUCGUGGGACCAAUUACUGCUGGAAUCUUGACAAGUGCAGCCAUUGCUGGAGUUUAUCGAGCUGCAGGCAAAGAAAUGAUCCCUUUUGAAGCUCUCACACUAGGUGUUGGUCAGACAUUUUGUGUAGUAGUGGUUUCUUUUUUACGGAUUUUAGCAACACUAUAGCAUCUGCUUACAGACUGUGAUAGAACAGAACAUGAAGAGAGGAUUUCAGAAUAUUUAUUAAGGAAGGGCAUUGCUAAAAGUGCUAAUUUAUUUAAAGUUUUUCAAAUAGAAACAGCUUGAACAAGAGUUUGUGAAGACUUGCUGUCUUGGUCCCUUCUUCAGUUUGAAGACAGAGCUCCAUGAGCCAAAGACCUUUUUGAUGAUGUCCAGAUUUCUUAUUUAAAAAAAAAAAAAAAUCAUAGGGUUCAUCAGUUUUCCUCUUUGAAGAAAUGUCAAGCAUUUGAGCUCUUUUGGAAUUCUGUAUACAGUCCUGCAUAGCAGUACAUUUGGAUACUUUUUUUGUGCCAGUAUUCUGUGAGAGCUAUGAAAGUUGAGUGUUUUAGCUCUAUACAAAAAUUAUAGAACAAAAUACACUGAUGUCUUGAGGGGAAUUAGGCUUUAUUAAAGUUAGCUUUUGCAACUUUUAUUUUGUUACAUUUUUGUGACAGUUAAGUGCCAAGUAGGUUUUUGUUUGAAGAUUAUAGCUGAGAACAAAUAUGGUGAAAUAUUAUAGCGGAGGAAUCGAUAUAAAAUGUAACAAUGGGAAUAGCAUUGUUUCACCUUAUUUAAAGGGAAAAAAAGUAAUAACUACUGGAUGAUGAUAAUAAGUGAGUUAAAUAUUUUGACCUCUGAUUUUAACACUUUGUAAAGAGCUAAUGAGAACUUCUAAGUUUUUUUUUAAUGUGAAAAUGCAGUUUUGUAUUCUCAAAAUAUGCUUGUUAGUUGCUACUUUUUUUCUGAAUAUUUGUUACUUGUACCUUCCUUCUCAUUCUGUUAGCUUUAUUUGAAUUUAUUGAUGAGAUGUCCAGUAGAAAGCAACUUGAACUAAAACAUUUUUAUCUUGAUCAGUCAGAAUGCACUUUAUUAAGGCAGAAAGAAGGGGAUUCUCCAGGUUUGCUCUCAAGGAAGCUUAUUCUAAGCGAGGUGCCCCUUACAAGAUCACGUUGGCUUGUAGAAGUUCAGCUUGAAGUAAGGUUGGUGCUUUUGAUUGUUUAGUCUUAAAUUUUCAACAAAUUUUCAUAUUAUCUAGUUGUAUGAGAGUUGUUUUAUUCCAGAAAGUGCCUAAAAUUAACUUUAGUUUAUUCUUCUUAAUUCUUUCCUUUAUUUCACAUUUUGCCCUUUUUAAAUUAGAUCACAGAAUCCCCUCAACAAAAUUUAUUUUUUACCAUGCCAGGAAUAAAACUCAGAAUUAUUUUAGCUAAGUUUUUGUUCUUUUAUUGUUUGUUCAUUUGAUAUAAAUUAGAAAUUUAUCUUCAUUCAUUAUAGGCCUGAAAACUGUGACCUUAAAGAUGAAACGCUUAAUUAUAGGAUUUAUAGAAAUUAUAUCCAGGUUGAUCUUUACUACCUAAUUUGUCGUGGCACAGAAUGCAGUCAAUUUUAGGCUCUUUCGAUCUGAUUCUGGAAUAAUUUAGGUUACUUGUGGUAACUAAAUGUUGAUCCGUAAAUGAAAAAAUGUGAAGUUAGGGAAUUAUUACUACUAAUAAUAAUAUUACCACAUUAACACAAUGUGGUAAUAUGUAUCUGCUUAAAAAGACAUACACAUGCCUCUAAUACCAACAGAUAACACUAAUAAGAGAACUAUACAGAAAAAUCAUGAAGGCAUUACACACAGAAUGAAAACUGAUGUAUCACGAGCAGAACACCUAACCAAAUCAUAAAUGCCAUAUCCUUGAGAGAAGUAAAAACAAAUAGUAUUCUAAUCUGACAGUUUUAAAUUCACACACAAUUUAUAGCCAUUAUUGAAAUCUUGUGGUAGGCAGUGUUAUUCAGUGGAUAAAUUUUCCCACACUUCCCACAUAACUAUCCAAUAUAUGUUUGUUGCACAGAGAGAAUGAUAAUUUGUCUUGAGACCACUUAGGCUUUUGUUUAGAUUCACUGAAAGAUAGCAAAUGUAAAUUUAAUUGGGGGAAUCAUCCCAAGUAUCAUAUAAUAUAGAUUUUGCAGGGACCUUCUGGAAAUUGUGUUUUAGAAGUUGUGUGAGUGCUUUUCUUCUCAUCUUUAGAUGUUGCCAUGUAAUAGCUGCCAUUCAAGUAAUAUUUGACCUUAGCUUUGAAAAGUUUCAGUGGACCUUGGGAUGGGCAUGAAUAAAAGUGAAUAGAAGCCAUUUUCUUAUGUUUGGCUGUUAAGGUUCUCAAGCUUCUGAAUGUAUUUAAUUUUUUUUUCCCCUAGUCUCAUAUAGUUAAUAUCUAUGUCACAGUGUAGAGUUUUAUGUUUAAAUUUAAACUGAGCCUAAGUUUUGCCUUUAAAUUUUUGAAUCAAGACUGAAUCCCAGGUUUUCUUCAUGUAAUCAAUAAACCACUAGUUAGGCUUUACAAGUUGAAGGGGCUAUUAGAUCUUAAGACAAAAAAGCUACUACUUUGUGUUGAACAAACUUCACCCACAUUACUCUCAAAAUCAUUUUGUUCUAAGAUUGGACUAUCUUAUUUCUUACUACUCUGCUCAUUGCUGGUACCCUUCAAAUAAAAAUUAUUUCUACCUGAAUUAAGAUAAUAGUGGCAUUAAAAAUCUUUUUUUAUACCAAUACUUCAGUGGAUCUUUGAUGUCAAAGAUGCGGGUGUUCUGUCCAGUGAUGCAGAUUGCAGCCCAUUGUGGGACUCUUGGACAUGAUUUCUCAUAAAUCCUACCCUAGGGAGUUGACCCAGUAUACUUGAGGCUUUCCUUUAGAUCAUAAAAAUAUUUUAUCUUUACGCUUUUUUCUGAAGGAGCUUUUUAGUUGAGUGCAUUAGUCCAUUUCAGGAGACUGCUACUUGCAAAAAUACUCAUAAUUGUUCAAGUUGAAAAAUUUUUUCUAUGUUGCAGCAUAAUAUUGGACUCAAUUAACAGAGUAGUAAGAGAUUAUUUUGAUUCUGUUGUUCCAUAGGAUAUAUUCAUAACAGUUGUUAUAUUCAAAGGGAUAUGUAAUAUUACAAAUAUACACAUAUAAACAUAUCACUAAAUAUAAUUACUGUUAUGGUUCUGGGGUUUAGUUAUAUUUGUAUCAAAACACAGAGAGUAAGGCAUCUGGAAAGGCCUCCUAGUUUCUGUCUUUCAUCUAUUUGGUUCAGCUGCUCUUUUAUCAGCAUAUAGCAUAUGUUUCCUCAAAUUACUGCAUAUUCAGUGUUCAUGUGGCCAGUCCCAAUAUGUGAUAUGCUCUCUUUUGAGUGGUUAUGAAUGCUGUACAUAGAUUUUAUGUGAAAUGUGUAUAGCUUGAAUUAAGUUUUCAGAGAGCAUUUAUUUAUGUCAAGAUAAAUAAUGGAACUCCUUUUAUUCCACUAUUAGAAAUGCAGUUAUUUAGGGAGGAAAGAAAUUGAUGCUUGGUUUGAACAGCACUUUCAGAUAUUGUAUGUUAUGUUUUUAUUUUUCCCCUCAAAACUGAAUUUCUUAAAAACAAAUGAUAAUUUCUUGUUUAAUUCCUUCUAAAUCAAAAAGCUGAUAAAACCAAUGUUGUGCCUCUUUCUUGGGUUUUUUCCUCCCUUUCAUGUACAACCAAAGCUGAUCUUUCAUGUCUUUAUUGUGGCACUGUGGAGAGGAAAAUAAGCUUUCAUGGAAAUGUUUUUAAAUGUACAGAAAUGAAUUCCAGAAUAAAGGAGAACAUGGGAUCAAAACAUAUCUUUAUUCUAGGAUCAUCAGCACAGCCUUCUACUAUUUUUUUAAAAAGCAACAAGAUCCUAACCUUUUAUGAAACAUGGAGCCAGUGAGAUAUAUUUUGUUCAUGCACAGAAUUACCUUCUAAAAUUUCCUCUUAUGUGUUUAAAUUGAUUCAUCUUUCAAGCUUUUAAAAACUUUGAUCCAACUUUAUUUUCUAAUUGCUAUGGUUUACAUUAUAGUUUUGUUAUGUUAUAAAGCCUAAUUUUUAAAAAUACACCAAGGAAUAGUUUCAUUGAAUGUAAAAGCACUGGUGCCAUUAACUGUCCACAUUAGAAGGCUCUUCACCCUUGUGCGCACACUGUGUAUGCUGGUUGUAAUUCAAAUCAGCUUACCCUUUUGUAUUAAAAUUAUUUCAACAACUGCUACAGACAAUAAGAUCAAAUCUUUGUAUGAGAGAAAGCAACUAAAAUUUUAUUUUUCUACUGAUAUUUCUAAUCUGGUGUCAACAUUUACCAAUAAAAAUUAAUUACGUUAUU